CCAAGUCUUAAAAAUCCCGGUCUUCCCGCUCCGCAGGACGCGUUCGUGCAGCACGCAGGCGCAAGCUCGGACUACAAAUCCCAGCGUGCCUUUGCAGCGCUCCCGCCGCGCCCGGCUGUCGUCGUUGGUGUGGGCCGCGUGAAUGGAGCUCCGCGCUUGAGGCAGCGCCUGGCACGGCCCGCGCAGCGCCUACCUGUGCCCCGAGCGUGAGUGCGGGCAGCGGCCGUGCGCGUGCGCACUCGCCUUCGCGCGCGGGCAGGCGCCCAACCGUUGGCGCGCUAAGCGGGCGACCGUACAAGGCGGCCCCCGGGCGCCCCGCCGGCCGAUCGUUGCGGGGCGUCUCCCGCCUGGCGCGGGGGCCGCGGGCAGCCGCCGUGGCGGCCGCCGGAGACCGCAAGGGGCGGCGCAGAGGCGGAACGAGCCGGCCGCGAGCCGCGCAGGAAGCGCCAAGCAUGCCCCGCGACAACAUGGCCUCCCUGAUCCAGCGCAUCGCUCGCCAGGCGUGUCUCACCUUCCGCGGCGGCUCGACGGGCUCGGAAGGACCGGCACCGGGCUUCCCGGAGAACCUGAGCCAGCUCAAGAGCCUGCUGACCCAGGUGCGCGCCGAGGACCUCAACAUCGCGCCGCGCAAGGCGCUGCCGCAGCCGCUGCCGCGCAACCUCCCGCCGGUCACCUACAUGCACAUCUACGAGACCGAGGGCUUCAGCCUGGGCGUGUUCCUGCUCAAGAGCGGCACGUGCAUCCCGCUGCACGACCACCCGGGCAUGCACGGUAUGCUCAAGGUGCUGUACGGCAAGGUCCGCAUCAGCUGCAUGGACAAGCUGGACACGGGGGCCGGGCAUCAUCGGCGACCGCCGCCGGAGCAGCAGUUCGAGCCCCCCCUGCAGCCCAUGGAGCGGGAGGCCGUGCGACUGGGCGUGCUGCGCUCCCGGGCCGAGUACACCGAGGCCAGUGCGCCCUGCGUGCUCACUCCAUACCGGGACAACCUGCACCAGAUUGAUGCGGUGGACGGGCCAGCUGCCUUCCUGGACAUCCUGGCUCCACCCUACGACCCGGAGGACGGCCGGGACUGCCAUUAUUACCGUGUAGUGGAGCCCAUCAGACCCAAGGAGGCUUCCGGCUCUGCCUGCGACCUUCCCCGAGAAGUGUGGCUCCUGGAGACACCACAGGCCGACGACUUCUGGUGCGAGGGAGAACCCUAUCCAGGCCCCAAGGUCCUACCUUGAAGCUUCUGCCGCCCGGGAACUGUGGGCCAAAGAUGUACCCUGCCCUGCUCAAGAAAGGCCUGGCUGCCCUCUACCUACCAUAAAGGGCUCUUCUCUCUCUGCACCCUCGCCUGGACGAUGGAUUUACUGGAGUGACCAGCGCCACAUCUUGGGCAACCUUGGGGAGCACUGCCCACGGGAGUACAGACACCAUCGGGCACGGUUAUGGGGGCGGGUGGGCGGGAGGCUAGGUUGAUUCCUGAUAUUGCCACCAAGGCUUUGAUUUAAGGGAACCGGGCAGGGACCCUCAAGCGCUUCCAUCCUAAAGCCAUAACGAAAACAUUUUUGUUGCUCAUUCUCUACAAAAUACACACUAAGUGGUUUUGAAUCCCUCUUUCCUUCCAUGACUAAGAUUUGUUUUCUCUCCUGACCACAGGCAGGACCUUUUGCUUUCUAAUCAUUUAAUUUAUUACUGAUUGUGCAUGACCUUGAAUUGUUUUCUGGUUUUUGUUUUGUUUUCUAUUGGUUUGAUUUUUUUAAAAAAAGAUACAUCCUACUGAGCUUCUAAAGUGAGGAGUUCUGAAAAGACAUUUUUCUAGUGCUGGGGUUCACCCUCAUAACUAUGCGUGUUGAGGACAAUUUCUUUCCUCCCCUAGCUUGGUAGCCACUUCUGGUGUACUCAGGUAUCCUUUAGUAAGAAGCUCACAUAUGUGAAUUCUCUGUCAGGCCCUUGAGUCUCACGAUCUGUCAUUUAAACAGAUUUGUUUGUUGCUGUUGGGGAUUUGCCUUUAAAGCAAAGACUGUAUGAUCCUCAACUGACUUUUUUUCAUGUUGUACUUCAAAGAUGAUACAAUAAUUAUGUGUUUUCUAACCAGGCGAUUCAGAGGAGCUGAAUCUGCUAUGCUUCCAAAUAACUGAAUGUAAAGGCCCUGGCCACCUGUUGAAUUCCAUACUCCAUACUCGUAUUUACUUCUUCCAGCUUCUUCCUAUGAAAGAAGAGAAAGAUGCUCUGGCCAUCUGUUGGCAUUCUCCGAGGAACCUGCAGAGGAGCUGUGGUUCCAGCUGUCUUGCUGGAGAUAGUGUCCCAGCAUUCCCGUAAACAAGAGCCAGUGCUGUGCUAACUGGCUUUUCUUGCAGGAAGAGGUAGAAGGCUUGUGGUACCCUGGGAGAGGUUCUGGAUGUAGGCUGCUUGCUAAGCAGGCAAGAAGCUCUGUGCUCAAUCCUCAGUACCACAUAACCCAAGUGUAGUACACACCUGUAGCUCCAGCAUUUAGGAAGUACAGGCAGGAGGGUCAGAAGUCAAGGUCAGACUUGGCUACAUAGUAAAUUUGAGGAGAACCUUGGAUGCAUGAGACACCAUCAUAUAAAUUGUGUGUACAUUUAUAUGUAUAGAUAUGUAUGUAUACACACACGUGUAUAUGCAGUGGAUACAUGGAAUAGAUGAUUGGGAAUUUAGCCAGUUAGGACACCAAGAUUGGAGAAUAAACCCUAUGCCAACCCUGGCAGCAAACCUCGAGCUGCUGCGGCAUUGUGGCUGGCUGAGGCUCAGCACCUUGUCCAUGUUUACAGAUGUGCUGGCACUAUCGACUCUGGCCAUGGACCACCAGUUUAACCUGUUUACUAUGUAUAGAGUUCCUUUUUUUUAUCACAGGCCUUUUCAUAAAGACAAACUGUAGAAAUCAGAUGUGCCCAGCUGUCUUCUAAGCCCUCUUGAUGGCUCCUGUGGCAAUAGAAUAUAGUAAUAUCGGCAAUAAAUGAAGACUUAACUAUCACGGGUGGCAAGUGUUUGUUGGCCUGGUAGGGAAACUGCUUUUGACUCCACGUAUCCAGAUUACACAUCCAGACUGGUCCCAGUGCAGUGUUAAAGUGGUACGAGAUAGCAAAUUAUUGAUGGCUUGGUCUGUGGCUUUUUGUUUCAUUUUAAUAAAAAUGAAAACAGACCAGUGGAAACCUGCUUUUAACCUGACACAGGAUCAACACCCAAGCACUUCCACCAAGGCUGCCAGUGUUCAAAGUUCUUUCCGAUCAUGGUCUCUUAAAAUACAUUUGGAUCCUCGUGAAGCAGCUCUUUGAGCCGCUCGUUUGAAAAUCUAGAUAGGAAGUGAUGGUUUUAAAUUUGACUCUUUUCAUAGAAUAGUAAUGAGUGUGGUUUUCAGCCACAUACACACUUUGGAUGGCUGCAAAGGUUGAUUCAUCUACAAAGAUUGUCAAGGGUCAUGUGUACUUUUCAGCAUACUCUGGGGGUACUUUAAUGGAGCUUGUAGAAACCUAGCCUGGAACCAGGCUAGUAAUAAAAAUUAUUAUGAAGGCCUUUGUUGCAAAAAAAAAAAAAAAGAAAAGAAAAAGGAGGGGGACAUGCUAAAGGUUUGUUACAAGCAGUUUGGAAGGAAAAAAAAACUAAGGUGCUUUUCAAAAGAGUAACGGAAUUGUUCUGAGCUAAAACAGCAAUACUGUGUUCCUCAUUGGUUCAAUAAGAACAGUGAAACUGUCAUGUCACUAAUACACUAAUUAAAUUUACGGUGAAAACAGUGUAAUAUGUUUUAAUGAGCCACUUGAGAAAGAAUAUACUCAUUACUGAGGUAAAAUGUGCAGAAAAAUCCUUGCACGUCUAUGCAUAAACUAUAGCUAUAACUUCUGCUGUUGUGUUUCCCUGUAGGUCUACAAUAUAGAUUGUGGUCUAGAAAUUGGGAUAAAAGUUACCUUCUCCUUUUCUUGGGAAAGACCAAUGAGCACAAUGGUGUUAGUCACUUAACUUUUCUGACGAAUAAUAAAUGCAAUAACUAGC